GCUGCUGCUGCGUUGUUGUGUUGUUUACUGGUGUUUUUUUCUUGUAAUUUCUGGACAAAAUGUCGUUUGUAGAUAAAGCCGCUAAUCAGCUCGUGGAUUAUAAGAACAAUUCAAAGAAUGACUCCGCCGCCACCACCGGCCACGGCACCCCAAUCGGCGAGAAAGACGCCACCCUCACCGUAGGCCCCCGCGGCCCCAUCCUCCUCCAAGACAACAACUUCAUCGAAGAGCUCGCCCACUUCGACCGGGAGCGCAUCCCCGAACGCGUCGUCCACGCCAAGGGGGCCGGAGCCUUCGGCUACUUCGAAGUCACCCACGACAUCACCAAAUACACCGCCGCCAAAGUCUUCUCCAACAUCGGCAAGCGCACCCCCAUCGCCAUCCGCUUCUCAACAGUCGCUGGGGAAUCGGGCUCCGCCGACACCGUCCGCGACCCCCGCGGCUUCGCCAUGAAGUUCUACACCGAAGACGGCAUCUGGGACCUGGUGGGCAACAACACGCCCAUAUUCUUCAUCCGGGACCCCAUCCUCUUCCCCCACUUCAUACACAGCCAGAAACGCAACCCUCAGACGCACCUAAAAGACGCCAACAUGUUCUGGGAUUUUAUCACCUUGAGGCCGGAGACGACCCAUCAGACCAUGUUCGUGUUUUCGGAUAGGGGGAUCCCGGAUGGGUUCAGACACAUGAAUGGUUAUGGGUCGCACACUUUCAAGCUGGUGAACGCUGAGGGUAAAGCCGUGUAUUGCAAAUUCCACCACAAGACUGACCAGGGGAUUAGGAAUCUGGACGUGCAGAAAGCAGCACAGUUGGCUUCGACUGACCCAGAUUAUGGGUUGAGAGAUUUGUACAAUGCCAUCGCCAAUGGUAAUUACCCAUCAUGGACCACCUACAUUCAAGUCAUGACCAUGGAGCAAGCCGCCGCUUGCAAAUUCAAUCCGUUUGAUUUGACCAAAGUUUGGCCCCAUGGCGAGUACCCUCUCAUUCCCGUGGGCAAAUUUACGCUCAAUCGCAACCCGGAGAACUACUUCGCAGAGGUGGAGCAAAUCGCGUUUAGUCCAGCCCAUAUGAUCCCAGGUAUUGAACCAUCCCCCGAUAAAAUGCUCCUGGGGAGGCUCUUCUCCUACGGGGACACGCACCGUCACCGUUUGGGGGCCAAUUACCUCCAACUCCCCGUCAACUGUCCCUUCAAAGUGCGCAAUUAUCAGCGCGACGGCCCCCAGGCGAUUAACAAUCAAGGGGGCGCCCCCAACUACCACCCCAAUAGUUUCAACGGGCCUGAUGGGGACUCGAGGGCGAAGGCUUUGAACGUUCCGUUUGCUGUGUCAGGAGACGCCAAUCGUUACGAUUCUGGCGAUGAGGAUAACUACAGCCAAUCAAGGGUGUUCUACCAGAAGACUUUGGAUCAGGGGGCUCGGGACAGGUUGAUUGCGAAUAUUGUCGGGAAUUUGAAAGACGCCGCUGAUUUUAUCCAAGAAAGGGCUAUCAGGAAUUUCACUCAAGUGGAUGCUGGUUUGGGACAGAAGAUCGCCGAAGGGUUGAAGAAACAAAAACGGGCUAAUUUGUAAUUUUUCAUUUAUUUUAUGACGUUACAUAACUAUAUGUAGACUAUUUGUGCUUGUCAUGGGUUAUCUCAAGUAUUUUAUUUUGUCACUGGUGAGUGUUUCAGCGAUACGCUGAUGGUUGAAGUUUUAUAAAACCAAUAAAGACCAUUAAACUGUG